AUGGCGGCGAAGUUGUCCCUUCUUGGCCUCUUCGGCCUACUCUGCCUCGUUCUGCAGAAUGCAAAGCUCCUCUUCAAAGGAUCUUCCGAAGCCCCCGGUGCUCCUUUGAGUAGGGACGUUCACUUCGAAAACUACUUUGAAGAGGGCUACCACGGCUGGGAGUUGUCAGAACGUAUGGUUGCGUCCGUCUGCGCGCCUACUGAUCUGGCCAUGGUCUCGAACCCGCUGACCCGCGUGUACUGUUCCUACAAUGUGACUAUCGGCGGUGUCCCCGCCACGUCACUAACGGUCUGCACGUACAAUCCAAACGGUACUCCCGUCCUGUUUCCCACGGCCACUGCCCCUGGAGCGACUCCACCGAUACCCACGGUCUCCUGCCCAGGGAACACCGACCCCAACUCUUGCCCCGCGUCGGUUCAGCCGAACUUUGCAACCGUGAGCGCUUUCUACCAGCAGUCUCGUUGCGUGUACGCCUUAGCCGCACCAAGCGGGGCUUCUUUCAGUUGCGCUUACAAUGCGACUGGCGCGACACUCGGGACAUACUUCCCGGACUGCCCGAUGAGCAUCCGCGUGCCUGCGACGUCUACUCCGACGCCACAGCCACUGACGAGUAUGAUCGCAUCCAUGUGCCCCUCUAUCGACCGGUCCUCGAACCCGCUGACCACCUUCUACUGUUCCUACAACGUGACGAUCGGCGGGGCCCGCGCCAUGUCACUAACGGUCUGCACGUACUACCCAUACGGUGCUCUCGUCACUGUCCCUGGAGAGACUCCACCAACACCCCCCGUCUCCUGCCCAGGAAGCACCCUCCCCAAUUCUUGCCCCUCGUCGGUACAGCGGAACUUCGCGAACGCGAGCGCUUUCCAUCAGGACACUGGCUGUAUAUACGCCAUUGCCGGAUCAAGCGCAGAAUCUCCCCUGUGCACUUACGACGCAACUGGUGCUUUCACGGGGGGACACUUCUCCCACUGCCCAACUGUUGACCUUUCCGCCGACGGCGAGGCGGCCACUAACGGGUGA